AUGUUCGACGGCCUCAACACUUGGUAUUUUGAUGCUGUCGUGCAGUCCUUUCCUGUCUUGCUUCAGAUUUCGCUUCUUCUCUUUGAGAUCGCCCUCAGCGCCCACAUGUGGUACGAGCAGCCCAGCAUCGCUUGGGUGAUCAUUGCCACAAUGAUCUCUGGAUUUCUGUUCUAUUCGCUGACAGCUAUGGCAUGUUCGAUAUCUUCUUCGUGUCCAUUUCAGACGCCAAUGUCGGCGCUUUUGCGCAUGUUGCGCAUCGACACUGUUAUCUGCCGCGCUUCACAAUGGAUUACGUUUUUUGGUUCCGUGCUCUUCAACAAACAAUGUAGAUUCAGAGGCACAAGUGCUCAACCAGGCUGUGGAUAUUUUGAUGGAGAAAAAAUGCACCCUUACCCCGACCACCCGGACAUGCCCACCAGUGAUCUCGAAGCACGCAGCAUCAAGUGGCUACUGGAGACAUCUACGGAUCCUGAAGUAUUUCUCGCGGCUGCCUGCUUUAUUCCGCAGGUCAAAAAGCCCCUAGAUCUUGACGUCUCAAUCAUGCUGCAUCACGUGUCUGAUAUUUUCACAAGCUGCGUCGGCUUUGAUGGGCAAAUUUUAUCGUCAUUGGAGGAGAAAGUCUCAGCGUGUGCAAUGGCUCUAAGUCAUCUGUACUACGAAUGUGUUCUUCAGUCCCAUCCUGGCCAUAGUAAUUUUUUUAGCCGGGAGAGACAAGAUGAUGGCAGCUGUUACAUGUUCUUCCUUAUCACUUUGUCACCGGGCGAGUGGAAGAAUAUGUAGAAAAAUUUGCCAUAGCAGUGAUAUCGAAACUGAUAUCCUCUCCGUCCUCUCCGUCCUCUCCGUCGAAUCAAAUCGUGGCCAACUGCAUUUUUCUCGCUUGCGUCAUGGCCGGGGUUCAGUUUGACAGGAACGACAUAAUUUGGAUCAAUAAAAGUACUGCUCUGCCUCAAGUCACACAGUCCCUUUUGACGCGGUUCCAAAGCAUUCUCUGGGCGUGGGAUGGAGAUGAUCUCGAGAAAGACAUCACAGGAGUCACACGCCGGGCAUGGAACCUCCUCGACAUCAUCUGUCGGAUCCUUGAGCUUGCUCAAAGUCACUAUGAACCUUCACCCGACACCAUGCGAAAC